GUUGGGGAAAGCUAGGCCCCGCGUGGAAAAGCACUUAUCCAGUAAUGGAAGUGAAAGAUCUCGUAAUGUAUGGAUGUAUCGCUUGAAGGAACAUAUUUAUGGAGAAAAGACUAAUCUUAUAGCUAGCGCCUAGCUACUAAAACACAUUGCAUAUAGAUUUUUUUUCCAACUAUUUCAACUAUUAUGGUAAAGAUUAGUAGCAAUAAGAAAGCAGCUGCAUAAUAAGCCGAAAUGAAAUUUAUUGUUUAAAAUUAGAUAAAUUUUUAAUUAUUGAUGAAAAAUUUAUUAAUUUUUUUAUAUUAUAUGAUCGUUUAUAUUAUGCAAUGUAUUUUAUUACUGGUCGAAUUAUAUUUAGAUGAAUAAUUAAUGAUGUUUUGUUUAGUAAACGUAAAAAAAAUUAGAAAAGGUAAAAAAAAAAUUAAUCUAUGUUUAAUCCAAAAUAUAUAUUUUUCCUCAACAAAUCAAGAAAGCUGACUCAAUAGACAGAAGAAGACCCCUACAACUGUCAAGUCUUUAACGUUGUUAAUUGUAAAAAAGUGUUGUUAAUAGUAAAAAUUACUACUAUAUAUAUUUAGUUGACAAUAAAUUAGGUCUCAAGUUAUUUCCUGUUGAUGGUCAAGCCAUAUAUGUUGUUCAUCUUCGAUACCAUAUACCAUUUACUCUAUGCGUGUUUGAAUAAGUUCAUAACUUCAACAUACAUCAAUUGUACAGACUUCUAACUAGAAAUCCGGUUAAUCAUAUCAUUUUGAUUCUUCUUAGGGGAAUCAGAAUUUGUAGAUUACUUUUUUGUUUAAAUCUCUGAUUGUCUUUCUUUAGUGAUGUUCAAGAGAGAAAAAUUUGAAACAACAUACCUCGUGUUUAAAUUUCAUUGGUGAAAGCAAAAUAUGAAAAUUGAAGAAAGAAGAUACUGAAAAUGCAAUUUUUAUUUCUUGCUUCUUAAGGUUUUACGAUGUCUUGUUACUUUAUUAAAUAUAUUAAGUGCUAAGAUCCUAGCUACACUUCCAUAUGUCAUCAACCUUUUUCUUCUAAUGAUCCAAGGGUUUCGUACUUGAAGUCUCUAUUUGCUUUCCUCUUCUUUUCUCUUUUCUUUCUCUGUUUUUGUCGUUGAGCAUUGUAUCCGUUGGAAAAGAUUUGAUUUGGCUUAGACUGAACGAGAGUGGGCUUGAAUUGACUUGGACUGAGUCACUUUCCUUUCUGAAAGUCGUUGUGAGUCUUUGUCUGAACCGUGUUGCUUGAGUUGAUACUCCUCUCAAACUAUGUGUAGGAGGAAUGUCCACGCCUAGUUUGAUACGAAGAUUUCAGAAGAGAGCCGUUGGGAGUGAUUUUGUAAAAAUAUCAGCUAACUGAAUCUGAGCCGAAAUGUGUUUCACCACCAAUGAACUUAAGGCCACUCUUUCACGGACAUAGUGAUAAUCCAUUUCAAAGUGUUUGAUUCUUUUAUGGAAUGCAUGGUUUGCCGUCAAGUAUAUAGAAGAGAGAUUGUCUCAAAAGAGCUCGGGUGUAACAUGAAGAGAGAUUCCGAGAUUUCUUGAGAAGCAAACUUAUCCAAGCCAAUUCUAAUGUUGUUUCAGACUAUGGCAUAUACUCUGCCUCGGAGGAAUUUUGUUGAUACAGUUGGUUUCUUUUUCGACAACCACGAGAUCAGGUUUUGGCAAGGAAUGUGCAAAACCCUAAUGUAUAAUGUAUUGUGGUUGUACAGACUGUCCAUUUGCUGUCACUGUAGGCUCGAAUAGUACAGCCUGUAUCAUCAAGAGUUGAAAUCCCCAUUGACACAAUACCUUUUACGUAUCAAAGUAUUCGUUUGAGGUUGGUGAAAUCAGAAAUUGAUGGAGAGUGCAUUUAUUUGGCACAUGUAGUUUUUGGAACUUUUUUUGACGAAAUGGUUUUAGACAAUUUUCGGUAAGAUUCCGGGAGAAGAUGUUCGUCGGAAUAACUGUGGACACUAUGAAGUAGUGUAACUACUGGUCAAAAUCAGAGUUGUUGUGAAUGAGAAAUGGAGAUCCAAUGUGAGUGUUUUAUAAUUUAUAAAACUUUAGAUUUAGCUAUGUAUAAAGCUUAGCAAAUGUCUCACAAUGAAUAUUUGGGUUUGAAUGUGGAUUUAUACUUAAAUCUUAUUCAUGAAAAUUUUAAAUGUUUUUUUUUCAUAUAAAAUAUAACCCAUUAAAAUCGACAAAAAAAUAUAACCCAUUAAAGAAAAUGUUAUUGGUGUUUGAUUUAGUCAAAUUUACAAUAUAUUUUCUUGAAUGUUAACGUUAUGAAAAUGGUCAAAAGGAAUCAAUAUUCUUUAUGACAUUUGAAGUGAUUCAAUGCUCCAUUUAUGACUUAAUUAGUGUUGGACCCUUUUUGUUGAUUAUAAAAGGGAAGCAUGUCAUAUUCUCUAGAACACACAUUGAUACAAUCAAGAAACAAUUCUUCCACUCAGAAUAGUUAUGUUAGUAUUUUUUUUUUUUUUAGUUUGAGAGUAUAACGCAAAAUUAGAUUCGAUAGAUUCUGUUUUUCAGUGAUGGUAAGUAAACAUAAACAAUACUGCAGUUGUAUCAUGGAAAUCUGAGUGCUAUGAAACCGUCACAUUACGGGGUGUUUAAAGAUUUAUAGAAAGAGAUUAAUCAUCUCGACUCUGCAAUUCUUUUUUAUUCGUUUGUUUCGGUAUUGUAAUUUUAAUUUGUGUUUUUAUUAUUUUUUACAAAUAUCAGUUGUUCUGUGAUAGUGAAAUAAGGUUCCAACAUAGAUCACUGCGAACUGAAUGUUUGGUUACUUAGUGUGAGGUACUGUAACUUUCCAACCAAAAUUCUGAAGUAAUGAGGAUUGGAGAAAGAGAUAUUUGAUCCGGAACAUUGUUCAGUUGCAAUGGUAGCGGAGUUGAGACCGGUGCACAAUUUUUCAUGCAUGCAACUGUGAGAAGAUCAACAGAAUAUUGCUCUUGAGAGAGAAACAUACCGUGAUCAUAAAAAUGUUUGCUUGAAUCCCGAAAAAAUAAUACAGUUUCCCAAAGUUUUUUAUUCUUAAUUUGAAGUUCAGCUCUUUGAGAGGCUUGAUAAGAGUAACGGAGCUGUUUCCAGUGAUGGCUAUAUCGUCUACGUAUAGACGAACUAUGAUGAUGUUAUUAUCAUGCAAAUAAAUGAAUAUAAAGGAGUCCUUAACACUGCUAACAAACCCAAACUCGAUGAAGAAGUUAUUUAAUUUAUUGAUUCAGGCUCGAGGGGACUGUUUAGUCUUAUCUACAAAACCAGCUGGUUUUUCAUUAUGAUAAAAAUUACUCUAGUUUGUUCUACCAAAUCAAACCUCUUGAAUAAACUUUAAAUAUGGUUGACCGUGCUAGUCAAGUCAGAGUGUUUGAUUUAAUCCCACAAAGUUGAUCUAGGAAUAGAAUAGUUAUUGGCAAAAAAGGAAUAUCAUAAUUUUUCAUUGCUUGAAUUUUUAACUGACCUUUUUAGGCAUUUUGACUUUUGACCAUACCCUUAUCAAAAUGGCUAAAUGCUCAUAAAUCGAGAUAUAAGAACAUAUAAACUGUAGAAAUAUUAUAAGAAAUCAAACAAAGAGAAACAAAAGAAAAAAUGGAUUCUCUAAUACAACUCAUAGUUAUCUUCAUGGUGACUAUGUUCAUAAGUGCAUCUAUAUCUCAAGCCCAGAGAACGACGACCGUGGUGAUACAUAAUGAUCUUGAAGGUGGUUUAUCUCUAGGAUACCAUUGUAAAUCGGGGGAUGAUCUUGGAUACAAGAGUUUGGCACCAGGUGGAUCAGGAUCCUUUAGCUUUAAACCUGAUAUAUUUGGUCGAACGUUAUUUUUGUGUAGCUUUAGUUGGAAUUAUGAGUUGCAUUUUUUUGAUAUCUAUAACCAAAAGAGAGACAGAGAAUUUGAAAAGUUUGGAUGCACACAAUGCGAAUGGAGGAUAAGCAAAAAGGGACCAUGCAAACUUAACAAAUACAGUAAAAUGUUUGAUAUUUGUUAUCCCUGGAAUUUUUAACAAACCCAUGUAAUAUCACUAUGUAUAACUCUUACUAUCGAAAACAGAAUAAUAAUAAUAAUAAAAUAUAUUUUUCAACUAA